CAACAGGUUUGCGCACAUCCUGGACAGGACCCUCACCACCACCAUAAGAUAGCACCAUAGCACCGCUCCUCGAAAUCAGUUUCACACGGGUCAAGUGAGAGCGCUAAUUGAAUUGCAGGCGUGCCUGUAAAUUCACUUAUAAACGCUAUUUCAUGUGAACAAAUUGCAUAAAAGACAUAUCACGAAACUAUAAAAAAAAAAUAUAUAUAUAUUGAAAAACAUUGGCCGCAGUUUCCGCUGGUCGCACAAAAUAAAACGCACCCGAGAAUCGUGCAGAAAUAUACUCAGUGAUGGCUCACACGAAAACGCGGAGAAGCUACGGAUUUCUGCUGGUGCUCCUGAUUUUGGGCAACGCCUGCGGCAGUUUGGUGGCCAGCGGAGGAGCCUCCAGUGCCGCCGCCAACGAACCAGGCGGCAGCGGCCUCUCCGAGCAGGUGCUACUGGACCAACUUAGCGAGAGCGACCUGUACGGCAACAACAAGCGCGCAUGGCAAUCGCUGCAGAGUUCGUGGGGCAAGCGGUCUUCCGGCGGAGAUUCGGGCGAUCCGGACAUCUACAUGACCGGACACUUUGUGCCGCUGGUGAUUACGGAUGGCACCAACACCAUCGAUUGGGACACCUUCGAGCGACUGGCCAGUGGACAGGCACCACAGCAGCAGCAGCAGCAGCAGCAGCAGCAACAGCAACGGCAGCAGCAGCAAUCGCAGUCUGGCGAGGAUUUGGACGAGCUCGGAGGCGAAGCAGACGUGGAGAAGCGCGCCUGGAAAAGCAUGAACGUGGCCUGGGGCAAGAGGAGGCAGGCGCAGGGCUGGAACAAGUUCAGGGGCGCCUGGGGCAAGCGCGAACCCACCUGGAACAACCUGAAGGGCAUGUGGGGCAAGCGCGACCAGUGGCAGAAGCUGCACGGCGGAUGGGGCAAGCGCUCCCAGUUGCCCGGCAACUAAUCCGCCCAAGGAACCGCCACCGCCGCCACACAACUUGUAAUCAGACUAAACUAAUCCACCUGUAUCUAACCGUAUAUAGCAUGUGUGUUUCCUCCGCGGAUGGGUUCCGUUCUCAGUGUCCAAGUCGCAAUACCCCCAAUGCCCCCGAUCACUGGCCACUGAAAGUCAAUUCCGAAAAUGUAUGAAAGCGCUCGCCUGUAGGCUAGUCUAGUCUAGUCUAGCGAUCCGGAUCGCCGUCUCGAUCAUCCAGUAUUAUACGCAUUAUAUCGUAUGUCUAGUCAACUAUCCACCCUAGCACCUAGUCUCCAAGUAUACAAGAUCUUUCCGAAGAAGACCGCUCUAAUCUAGAAACGUUAACUAAGUUAAUGAAUUGUGCAUAUACAUUUAUACUUAAAUAUACAUCAAUACCUAGCAAAUGGCAACUAUCAAUACUAAAUAAAAAUAUGUUGAAAGUAA